AUGGACGGCGUUGUCUAUGAGCAGAGUCUUGAAGCACUGCUCCAAUGGCUACACCUUGGGUUUGUCCAAUUUGAUCCGCCUCCUAUGGCAUCCCGACUUGCAAGGGAGCGCAAGGAAAAGGGCGAGAGAAAGAAGAAGCUGAAGCUGCUUACGACGGCCUUCGAUUUAGAUCGCCGCUCCGCAUCUCCGCGGGAACGUCAAGCUCCCCCCUCCCCCGGCGAGAGAUCACCACCCCGCCGCGAAGAAGAAGAGUCCCGCGCCCCCCAAACCCCGGUCAACAACAAUCCCGGGUUCCCUCAUACCCCUGCCCCCCUACCACCAACAGGCUCCCGGUCGAGGAAACUCCCGGGUUGCUACCUCCCGCCCGCCCCAUCGACAAGAUUUCCGGGGCUACCAACAAUGGCCCGGUGGACAAUCUUCCCGCGCGGCCGACUUGACUCAACGGGGCCUGCCCCUCAAUACCCCCCCAGGCCCCCUCCACCGUGGACUCGAUACGUUACACAAGAAUAG